UGCUCUGAUGGAUACAAUAUGAGCGGUUCUUCGACUAUUACAUGCACUUCAGAUGGAUGGGAUUCUCUACCGACAUGUUCUAUUCAAGAAUGCAGUGAUCCAAAACCAGCCAAUGGCUCUGUGAACUUGCCACACGGUGUAAAGUUCGGCUCUAUUGCUUUCAUAUCUUGCAACGAAAACUACGUUUUACAAGGAGACGCUCAAAUCACAUGUGUGAAUGGUCCUGUUUGGAGUUCAACUCCUAAGUGUAUAAGAGAUUGUGGUGAUCCUAGUCCCACAUAUGGGUAUGCAAAUAUAGCAACUGGUACCACAGAGGGCAGCCAAGCCCAACUGUUGUGUAACACUGGGUACACGCUAAAUGGUUCCGAUUCAGUGACAUGUACGGAGACUGGCUGGGAUGGCCAAGCUUUGUGUAAUAUUCAAGAAUGCGAUGUGUAUGCAACAAGUAACGGCACCGUCGAUGCUCCGAAGGGAAGGACAGUGGGGGAACUGGCAAUUCUGACGUGUCAUGAAGGUUUCUAUCGCUCUGGCGCUGCACUAAUAACGUGCAAAGCAGGUCCACAGUGGAGUGCAUCACCGACAUGUGUCAUAAAGGAUUGUGGAUAUGCUACACCGGUUAAUGGAAGUGUUAACAGCAACGUGACAACAUUCGGUGCAACUAUCACUGUUACCUGUGAUGUUGGCCACAUAUUAUCAGGAUCUGCCGAAAUCAUAUGCCAGUCUGAUGGAACCUGGAGCGAUACACCAACAUGCAGUGCAGCUUGUGGUCACCAGCAAAUGGGACAGUUGAAUAUCCAACUGGAAAUACGUUUGGAGAAGUAG